CCAGAGUCGACACAUAUCUCUGACUUUGUUGGCUCAUUGACGGCCCGUCUUCUCGACGAACAGGAGUCUUUGUUUGUUUCUGGGCUGACUCUGGCUCACAAUCAACAUGGGGGGCAAGAAGAAGCAAGCCCAAACCUCGGGUUUGGGCAAGGCUGUCAUCAAGGACCGCUUCCGCGGUUAUCAUGGCUCCAGUGGCGAACGCAGUGUGGCUCACACUUCAGACCUUGAUGAUGGCUUCUCCUGGACCAACACGCAAGGCGUGUCCGUGACAGAACAAAAUGCUCUGGAUGACUUUCUCUCAACCGCCGAGCUGGCCGGCACCGAUUUCACAGCUGAACGUGAAAACGCCCGAGUCGUUACUGAACAAGUCAAUGAUGCCUUGCCCUCAUUGGAGAUGCGCAAACGCGGCGCAGCCGCGCGACGAGAGAACCGCAAGUAUCUUCGCAUUCCUCGUCGUCCAGCCUGGACGCGUGAUAUGAGUGCCGAGGAGCUUCAACAGAUCGAGCGCGAAAGCUUCUUGAACUGGCGCCGUGAGCUUGCGGUCCUACAAGAGAACGUUGAUCUUCUUCUGACCCCAUUUGAGCGCAAUCUUGAUUUUUGGCGUCAGCUGUGGCGUGUCGUCGAGCGCAGUGAUGUGAUUGUUCAGAUCGUCGAUGCACGCAACCCCUUGCUCUUCCGCUGCCGUGAUCUUGAAGGUUGCGUGAAAGAGGUUGACUCCACCAAGCGCAACCUAUUGCUUAUCAACAAAGCCGAUUUGCUUUCUGAGGAUCAGCGAGCUCAAUGGGCCGACUACUUUCUCAAGCAAGGAACACCAUUUGUUUUUUUCUCCGCAGCCUUGGAAACGCAACGGAAUGAGGAGGAAGCUGCGAAGCAAGCUCAAGACGAGGCCGCAGAGGAAGCUCGCGUCAUGGAGGAAAUGACUGUCAAGGACGAGGAUCUAGAUUUGUUGUCCAAUACCUUUCGUAAAAAACUUCAAAGCAGCAAGGGUGGAUUCGCAGCGCUUGCCGUUGAAGACGAGGAAGAUGAUGACGAUGAAGAGGACGAUGAGGUCAAGAAGGAUGAAGCAAAGACCGAGCCGACAGAUGAUCAGGAUGCAGAGGGACUGCUUGAUGAUCACGAUGCGGCAUCCGAUCUCGACGAUGGAGCCCAGACACCCACACCUGAUGAUGACGAAGCCGAGGAUGCGCAGGGUGCCUCUGCCCAGGCGGCCGCCAGCGAACCCACCACGAGUUCUAGUGGACUUAAUCUUAACGUAGCUGCGGCCGAUGCAAGCCUGCUAUCUGGUCAAGCAGGUUCUAACUUUUUUACUGCGGAUGACGAGGAGGAGGACACGCUCGGGGCCAUUGAGGAGGACACUGAUGUUUGGCGACAUCUGACGGUCAACCCCACUCAGCUCUAUGAUGUGUCACAGCUCAUGGAUCUGUUGCUUCAAUUGGCCGAGGGUGUGGGCGAAGACCGACACCCAGUCAUUGGUUUAGUUGGCUACCCCAACGUUGGCAAGUCCUCGACAAUCAACGCGAUUUGCCGCUCAAAGCGUGUCUCCGUGUCAGCGACGCCCGGCAAAACAAAGCACUUCCAGACCAUCCUUCUUCCUGAGAUGACGCUCUGCGAUUGUCCUGGUCUCGUAUUCCCCAACUUUGCCAAAUCCAAGGCUGAGCUGGUGUGCAAUGGCAUCCUUCCUGUUGAUCAAUUGCGUGACACAAUUCCCCCAAGCGCCCACGUUUGCCACACCAUCCCUCGCCACAUCCUCGAGUCAACCUAUGGCAUUCGCAUCAUUCGACCAGCUGAAGGCGAGAGUGUGGACCGCCCGCCAACUGCAUACGAGUUUUUGAACGCGUUCAGUUUUGCCCGCGGCUUUAUGAACGCCCGUGGCUUGCCCGAUGUACAGCGCGGUGGCCGCAUUGUGCUGAAAGACUACGUCAAGGGUAAAUUGCUGUUUUGUAAGCCACCUCCUGGCUAUCCACAGCUUGUCUCCAUGGUGCCAACUGAAGCCAUGGCCAAGGCCUCUGCACUUCUGGACAGUGACUCUGCUUCCAUCUCCGGUCCCAGGCACCAACCAACCUAUGUGAACACUGUGGACGAAGAAUUUUUCAAGCAGAGCGGUGUCAAAGCUGUGGUGUCAUCCAUGAAUGGCAGCCGUGCGCGCAGCGCUGGAGCCAAGGCAGGUCCGGCCAAAAAUAAGCGGCAUUUCAAAAAGAACAAGCAUGAAAAGGUUCGCCGUGUGAACAACUAAAAUGGCAAACUAGUAAUGUCUGAUGAGGUGUGAAGUUGUCUUUGCUCUUCCGGGCUCAAAAUCAUUGCCACCC